UGGACAUAUGAACACUUCCUGGGCUGUGUAUUAUUCACAGUAAAAUAAUUCAUAUCUUUUUGUUUCAGGCUUUACAAAAUGUCUGAAGAAGUUGACUAUGAUACAAUCAUUGAAGAACUUAAAAGCAUACCAACAAAAAAUGUAUCAGAAAAUACAACCAAGCAGUACCAACAAGAGAUCAGGAUGACCUACUUAAUUACAUAUUCUAUUGUCCUCAUCCUUGGCGUCACCCUCAACUUCAUCGUCAUUGUCAUCAGCUGCCUGAAAAAAAAGGAUUCUCCAAAGGUUGCCACUUGGAUUAUGGCGUUGGCUUUAACACACUUAGUCUCCAGUAUAUCUAUUGUUUUUCAGCUCCUAUAUGCUUACUAUAACUUCAAAUGGAAUUACGGAAGUGCAAGCUGCAAGCUGUCAUCCUAUAUCAGCUACGGCAGUAUGUUCUCCACGGCAGUCAUGCUGAGUCUCUGGAGCAUUAGUUCUACUUUUUCAAAAGUCGAGUGCAUGAAAAAGUGCAAGAAUUGUAACAUGAUUCUCAUUUCAUUUUCCUGGACCAUUUCAGCAAUCUUGGCAUGUCCUUCGCUGUUGUCCAGAGAGGUCCGAAAUGAUCAGUGCAUUGAUGAUUAUGACUUGGAUAAAACAAAAACAACUCAAGAUGGCAUUACAAGGCUGAAGGCUGUUGUUGUCAUGCGAUUUCUCAUCGGACUUCUCGUGCCAGCUUUGAUAAUAUUUCUAAGCUCUUUGACAUCAGCUCAUAGAAACUGUCAAGACUGUAAGAAACAGGCACGGAUAAUCUGUGCUAUAAAGAUUGCCUACUUUGUGUUCUGUGGCCCUCAAAUCUUCAUGACCAUGCUUCAAGCCACUCUAAAUGACAGCUUGGGUCCAAAUAUGUUGAAAUAUGGACUUCCAGCAGUUACUGCACUGGCCAUAGCCCACUGUUUUACCAACCCACUCAUCUAUCUGUCAUUGGGAUGCAGCAUUAAAAUGAAUUGGAUGGCGCAUGACCCAGAUCAUGUAAUGGAGGAUUAUCAGGGGAUCAUGUUGCAAAUGAGACAGAAGGUCUGUCUGUGUGGAGGUUUUCAUAAGUGAAUUGGAGAAUGAGAGUGAGAGUUUCCCCUAUGAUGGACUGGUCAUCCGUCCAGUGUUUCCUCCGCCCAUGCCCUGGGAGAUGCUGGGAUAGGCUCCAGCAUCCCUGCGACCCAACAGAGGAUGAGUAAGAAUGGAUUGAUGACCCAGAUCACAACAAUGAACAGCACAUCCACAAAAAUGCAUGGUAGUAAUUUCUGUAUGCAAACUGAAAAGUCCAAACUCUCAAAAACUAAGAGUAUUCUGAAUAUUGGUCCUGUUUGGUCCAGUUUCAUGCUUUGCUUCAAGUUAUAUACUGCUUUAGUUGAAAAACUGCAUCACAUGUAUACAUUUACCAAACUCAUAACCUUCACAUUGCUAGAAUAAGCAUUGCUACAGAAACACUAUUAACCCACCAUAUAUAACCUGCUGUAUAAGAAUAUCAGCCUCAUAUAGAGGACCAUUUGAAGCCAUUUUUUAUUGAUGGUAUGUCGUAAUAUUGUUGCUGUUUUGUCUUAAUACCAUAAUGUUUCCUUUAUUAUAACAAUAUCAACCUUAUAUAGAGGACCAACUGUAGCCAUUUUUUUUAUUUAUGGUGUGUCGUUAUAUUUUUUCUGUUUUGUCAUAAUACUAUAAUGUUUCAUUUAUUAUAAAUUUAAGAAUGUGUAAGUAUAUGUUUUAGGUCUAUAUAUGGUUACAUACAGAUUAAUAUAUUUUCAUAUGUUAUUUUUUUACAAACACUACAACCAGGAAUUAUGAUCAUAUUAGCCCAGUUCUGUCAGUACUGCACUGCCUCCCUGUUAAACAUUGUACAUUUUAAAAUCCCGCUGAUUACUUUACAAGCCCUGAAAGGUCUUAUCUCAUUACAGUCCUUCAUGUCUGCUGCAAUCUCAAAAAUCUGGCCAUUUGAUAACACCUAGAAUAUAAAAAUCAACUCUGAGUAGUAGAUCCUUUUCCUAUUUCUGGAAAAGUCUUCCUAGCACUGUUUGGGAGGCAGACACACUGUUAGUUUAAAUCUAGAUUAAAGACCCAUAUUUAUAAUCUGAUAUACACAAAACACUAUCACGUUUCUAUCAUUCAAAUCCAUUAAAGGACAGUUAGGCUGCAUUAAUUAGGUCAACCGGAACCGUGAAUACUUCCCAUGACACCGAUGUACUUGUUACAUUGUAAGAAGAAUGGCAUCUAUGCUAAUAUUAGUCUGUCUGUUUCAUUCUUAUUCCGAGAUCACCACAGUCACCUGGAUUUGACUGUUUACUAUUGUCCUCUUUUUAGAGCUGGUUUACAACAGAACUGUAUUUUGUUCACAUCAUUGAAACAUUAUUUUCCUGUUUAACUCUGUAAAACUGUUUUGACAGGAUCUGUAAUCUGUAAAGCACUAUAUAAAUUAAGGUGAUUUGACCUGACUAAUGACAAAGAGAGAAAAA